AUGCUCUCGCGUCAGUCGAGGGCGCUGUCCAGAGGCCAUAGCACAGGCAGCAACUUCCUGAAAGAUGACUUCGCCCUGCCAUUUCUCUCGUCCGACGAAGGCGCGUCUAGCAGCAGUAUCGUCUUGGAGCAAGCCAAGAGGAGCUUAUCCAUGCUGCUGGAGAGGCCUGUCCACAUGGUUCACAUCUACUGGAGGAAGUUCGAUGACAGGUUCAUGAGGCCAAUCUUUGGUGGACCGCAGUCACAUAGACUGCACAUGCAGACUUCAGAAGCCAAGCUUAUAGUUCGCUGCCCUUAG